GUUUGUCUGUUCGAACCGCGCCCGUGAAAGUCGUGGCUCUCGGCACAAAUUUCCUGACCUGUUUGUUCACGGUCUCCCUCCCACUGGUUUGUCGCAUCAAUUGAGCCACACCUGCCUAUUGCUACAGUCGCCAUGGCGUACAACAACAGCAACAACAGCAGCCACUACAAUCAGUACGGGGGUAACCCCUACAGCCAAGGCCCCACGGCCGAGACGGGAUAUGGUUAUACCAACAACGCCGGCCAGCAAGAGCAGCACGAAAUGCAGCCGCUAAACGGGCAGCAGCAUGACGGCCCGCACUACCAACAGCCGGCCGCGCCGCCGACGCUGUCGCAGCAGGACUUCCUGGCCCAGGUCAACUUCACGAGGGGCGAGAUUCGGCAGCUGACGAGCGACGUGCAGGCCAUCGCGGGCCUGCACCAGCGCGGCCUGUCGGGCGACGAUGCCGCGCAGAACCAGCUCGCCGCCCACGUCGAGGAGACGUCGCGUCGCACCACGUCGAUCCGCUCGUCCAUCAAGACGCUCAAGUCGGACGUCGAGCACACCACGGACCACAGCCUCUCGAUGAAGAAGCAGCAGUGGACCGCACUCAACGACGCCUUCAAGACGGAGCUGAGGACGUACAUGGAGGCCGAGCAGCGCUAUAGGGAGAGCUACCGAGAGCAGAUCGCGCGGCAGUACCGCAUCGUCAACCCCGCCGCCACCGAGGAGGAGGUCCGUCGCGCGGCCGACGCUAAUUGGGGUGACGAGGGCGUUUUCCAACAAGCGCUGAGGCAAAACCGCGCAGCGCAAGGCCGUGCAGUCCUGGGCGCGGUGCGCGCCCGGCACAACGAGCUGAAGCAGAUCGAGCAGUCGAUCGUCGAGCUCGCGGCCAUGUUCAACGACCUCGACACGCUGGUUCUGCAGCAGGCGCCCAUGAUUGCCGAGAUAGAGCAAAAGGCAGAAGACACGGUGCAGAACCUCGACCAGGGAAAUGCCCAGGUUGCCAAGGGCGCAGAGCUCGCAAAGAACCGCCGCAAACUCAAGUGGUGGUGUCUCGGCAUCUCCAUCGUCAUCGUCAUUGCCAUCCUCAUCGCCGUCCUGGUCGUGUUGUACAAUUCGGGCGUGAUCGGCAACAAAAAUCCACCAGCAAAACAGUGAUGACUCCGACCCAGCCGCGAGCACUGCCAAGUUCCUCCCUUUUUUUUUCACUCUUGCCGGCCUACACACCAGGGGGGUUCC